AUGACUCCAUCAGUUUUCGCCCAGGAGAGGUUGCAGUCCACAGAUGAAUGCAUGAGUAACUCAGGUGACACGUACCAACCUCACAUCCUGGAAUGCCUCGACAUGAACACCACUACACAUCACAAAUUUUCUUCUGCAGAUGUGGACCAGCCAAUUUUUCAGCCCUAGCCAUCUAAACUGGUCUUCCAGAAUGUCACUCCUGGACAGAUGUGCAAGUUUCCACUAUGUUUCCUCAACAAUGACAAGGUUUCACGGCAAGUGAAGCUGGAGCAGCAGGACUCAGACUAUUUCUGUGUUGUCAGUCCAAAUGAUUGACGUGUCAAGGUUGCACCAGGAAUGAAUGUGACUGUCACAGUCUUCUUCAGUCCACGUGAAAACAAGGACUACCACCAUAGACUGAUUUGUGUGACAGACAUGGAAAAGACUGAGAUUCCAGUCCAGGCCAUUGGGCUACGUGCCAUUCUUGACUUUCCAGACAAGAUUAACUUGCCUGUCUGUCCUGUGAAAGCUUCAACUUAGAAAACUCACUUUGUUUUCAACACAGGAAACAGCAACGCCGAGUUCAGGAUUCAUAGGGAGAGACCUUUUUCAGUGACACCUGAGUCUGGGACUCUUGAUGUAGGUAAGGGCAUGCAGGUGACUGUGGUUUUCCACCCAAUGAAUAUAGGAGACCAUAGGCAGGAUCUACAACUGCACCACAACAUCAGAGAACAUGUGUACAUUAGCCUGCAUGGGUUUUGUGAGGAACUGAACAUCCAUCUUGAACCUGAUUCUAUUUGGUUGGAUAAGACCUAUAGCUCACUGUCCAGUACAUGCACAGUGUCCCUCGCCAACAGGAACAAUAUCCCUCUUCAGUACCGCUGGACUGUGUGGUUCAGCCAGCAAGAGGAGGACCUAAACUUACUGAGGGAGGGCUCAGUGCUUGAGCAGGAGGCAGAAGGAGAGUGGGAGCAGUUGCUUUUUCCAUGGCUGAUUUUGGCCGCCGUUUCUCCGCUGUGUUGUUCCCUCUGGGAGUGCCAGACUGUGGAAGUCACCUGCAGUCGGAUUUUGGGUUCAUUUUCUGAGGACUUGCUGCUAGCUGUGACAGGACAGCCUCAACCACUUACCUUCAACUUUAGGUAAAGUUUCUUUGUCUGUGUAAUCUGUCCUACAAUCCACUUUGAUGUUUCAGAGCUCGACUUUGGGGAUGUAGCCUUUGGUUUCCCAGAAACACUUGUGUGCAUCCUUUUCAACCCUUCCUUUGUGCCCGUGAACUUCAUCCUGCAUGUCUGGGGAGAUGGUCAGGCCUCGCCUAGUAUUAGCUUAUUUAGAAAGGUUUCUGAUGAGUCACGAAAAAAUUGGCAAGGUCAUACUGCUGGAGAUCUUCGUUCAAGGCCUGUGGAAUUCACGAUCUGCCCGGCAGCAGGCUCAGUCCGUACUGUGUCACAUAAAUCCAUUAAGGUGACGCUGUGCUCCAACACUGUUGGAACACACAGGCCGGUGCUAGUAGUGGAUGUUGACGGUGUCAGGGAGGAAAUGCUGUCUUUGCCUAUGGAGGCUAGGUUUGUUGUGCCUGAGAUUGUGGUGGAUACUCCAGUGCUGGACUUUCAAAGAUGUUUCCUCAAUUACCCCUAUAAACAGAAAGUGCAGUUGACCAGCUCUAGCAAUUUGCCCGCCUGCUAUGGCAUGCUUGAUCAGGAAAAUGAGGAGAAUCCAUCACUGCUUUUAAGCAGUUCUGCACCUAGAAGAGUGAUUCAUCCAGGCAGCUCAGAGGAGCUUUCUGUGUGUCUCCUAGCUAAGACUGUUGGAAAGCUUCUAUGAAUUGCUGUGUUCAGCAGCCUCCAGCCAUACCUGGAGGUGGCCUUGUCAUAUAUUGGACAGGGACCAGUAGUUCACAUCCAAAGCACACAGCUGAGCUUUGGCAAAAUCCCAGUUCUGAAGAGCAUUGCCAAAACCCUGCACCUGUAUACCCAGUCACCUAUUCCAGCUCACUUUACUACUAGCAUGAUACAGACACUAGAAUUUUGUGUUGAGUCCAGUGAGGCAGCUGUACUGCCAUGGGGCCAGCUGGAGCUCAAGGUUGUGGCACACCUGAAGGACACGAUUCAGUUCAAAGGCAAGUUGGAGAUCUUUAUACAGGACAGUCAGGCGCACACUGUCCUCCUCUGUGCCACUGGCACUGGAACUACAGUUGCCAUUGACCGACCUUUUCGUCCCGGCCUCGACCUAGGCACACACUUCAGGUUGUACGUGAGCAUCAAGCGUGCUACGCUAUUGUUGGUGCAGGAGCUACCAGGAGAAGAUCAUGUCUGUGGAUGUUAUUUGUCACUUCGUAGCUCCACUAGUCAGCAUUUUCCUCAAAGCAACUUCUACAUGAAGAAGGUCAAAGGAGAGAGACUGCUGCCCCUAUACGAGAAGCUGAUUCUAAAGAAUUUUCUUGAAGUAAAUUACCAGGGACACACGCAGCAAGAAGUGGUGAAGCUGCACGCAGAAGCCCAUUACCCCGGCCUCGACUUCUCCUCCAGAACAGUGGUUGCACAGUGCCAUGUAGAGGAGGGGCCUUUAUAUGAGAUCAUUCUCAGAGGAGAAGCAUCAAUAAUCAUCUACAGCCUUGAACCCACCCAUUUGGGCUUUGGUCAGCAGCUUUUUCAUCUUGUAAGCAAAGCUGAUGUGAUCCUAAGGAAUACUGGCCACAUGGGCUUUAGAUACAGUAUACAGCCUGAAAGAGAGAAAGGGGACGAUACUGAUGAGGAGGAAGUGGGGCAGAUGACAGACUUUGAACAUGAGGUUAGACCUGGUUGUCCCAUGGUUGUUCCCUGACCGGGUUAUGUUGAAGCCAGUAUGGUGCAGUUACUAUGGGUGCUCUACUUCCCAGGCAUCCCGCAGGUUUUUAAGAAGAAGCUUCAGGUGCAGGUGGCUUUCCUACUACUGCAGGAGAUCACACUGACUGGAGUGGCAGUGUUUCCCAGGCUCAGCUUGAAUUUGCCACAAAACCUGCAGGAGGAGCGUUACAGUGAUGUGUUACAGCAGGCCAGAACUGCUGUGGAGGCAGACAGAGUCAAAGAGGAGCUCAUGAAUGAAAUUAGUGUUGGAAAAGGAGCAGUGGAGGAAACCUGCAUACUCACAUGUGCUUACAAAAGACAGGUAGUGGUGUGUGUGGCUGACCGCACCCAGCAUGUGUUCAUCACAGGUGAGGUUCAGGGUGAGGCUCCACAUCUCGAGUUCUGGCCAUCGGUGCUGGAGCUCAGAGCUUGCCUCCCUGCCAGCACUGAGGUUGAAGCUGAGGUUACAGCCAGAAACCCCUGUUCUUUCCCCACUGAGUUUUACUCCCUGGAGUUCACACACACAGUACCACCAGGAAGAAGUGAUAAGAGCAGCACAUCAGCUGCUUUGACACGUCAGUAUGGAGCAGUGUGCCUUAGUGUUGAUGCUGUGGCUGCAGAUGUGCUGCUAAAUGGCACUUCACCAGUUAGCCUGACUGCCAGACAACUAUUUGACUCUGCUGCUGUGGAGUAUGCUCAGAAGAAUGCUGGUAAGCUGGAAGUUAGAGAAACUCACCUCAGCCUGGGUGUAUUCUCAUUGUCUCCCUGCACUGGGAGCCUACAGCCAGGGUCUCAGCAGCUGGUGACAGUGGACUGUGCAGCUGAACAGCUAGGCAGCUUUAACCAGGAUUUGCUCAUUGACAUCACUGGGCGUGACCCCUCAGACCAUCCUCAAUGCAUACUGUACAGACUGCUGCCUCGAGUAUGCAAGCCAGGCAUAGUGUUAGACAUGGCCUCCAUCUUUGAGGAAAACCAUCUGUGCCCCAGCAGUAGCCAGCUUUCCUCUGAGCAGUUUUGCAAUGCUGAAUCCAUCUUUGUACAGGAUGAAAACAAAUUUAUCUUCAACAAUAUUCAAACCAGCCAAGCUCGCUUCAAACUCGCCACCAACAGCAAGUUUCCCUGUGUGCUCAUCUUAGCCAUCAAAAGUGUUGGGCCCAAGUUAAUUGGACAAAUCGAGGUGUUUGAUAUGCCUACAACAACACUGAGCUUUCCCAGCCAGUGGUACGCCUUUGCUGUUGUUACCUUCACACCUCAAACAAUGCAGUUAUACAGUGCUGUGUUUGAGGCCCAAGUGGAGGAAAGUAGCAGAAUGACACCCACCAUUAGGAACAAGGUGUUGCAGUUUGACCUUCUGGGAUAAGGCACUCUUCCCAGUGUUUGUGCGGUACGGCCAGCUCUGAGGAACACUGAAGGAGGCCCAGUGUUGCACUUCAGCCGGGUACUUGUUGGGUGUAGACAUAGACUGUCUCUGGCGCUGUUAAACAAUGGAAAUGUGCCAGAUGAGGUCCAGAUUGACAUGCUGGAUAAACAUGCUGUGUUCAACCUCAAAGCUGGUCUUGGGAGUAAUAACAUCUCCAUUAACUCCACACAGCUUCCCUCAGAGCAUAAUGUGGUGCAAAGAGCCAACCUGAAGCUGAAUGUUAAUGAACAGGUGGCGUUCCAGAUCACCUUCUGCUCUGACAGACACCUGAGUGUCAAGGCAAAAAUUUCACUGCAAGUGAAGGACAACCAGCAGAGCGAUACCACAAUACAAGUGAGACAAGACACUUAUCAGGAAAUCGUCUCUCUGGAAAACAUCAGCAGGUCAUGGAUCAGAAAGAUGAUGAAGAAGAUGUGUUUUGAAUAUGUUGCUGAGCAGCUGGAUGCAGUGGAGUCAUUCUGGACUUUUGUGAUUGAGAACCCAUCACUGUCUGUUCCCUUCCACCUCCAGUGCCAGUUCAAGAACACUGAUGUCCUUCAGAUGAAUUUCCAGCCAGAUGUUGUGUCGGCUGGUGAUUUAAUGGAGAUACGUGAGCCACGUCAGUAUCAUGAAACGCUCUUCACCUUAGACAGCUGUGUCACGAAACAGGUGGACAUACUUGGCCAAGGCAUCGAGAUCAAGGGGAGAAAGACUACAUGAGUGCAAUAGUAAGUAACAUUGACUAAUAUUAUGCCAUAGAAAAACAGGUGGUUCUGGUACCUUUCGUGCACCCUGAUGCUCAGCACAGAUAAACCAGUUAAUCAAAAGGAUCUAUAUUUCAGUCCAGCAGGUGAACUGCCGCUGAAAUCGAGUGGGGGUUCAUGUACUGUUCAGAUCCAUUUCUCACCUCAUCAGCGCAUUCCUCCCUUCACUGCGGAGCUGAAGUUUGUAGGACUCCUGCACCCCCUGCUGACCAUCCAAGGUUCCUGCCAGGAUGUCAAAGUCCAGCUAGAAGAGAGCUACUUUGGAGCUGUAGUCCAACGUUCCCAGAUCAGGAAGAAGAAUGUUACGAUGAAUACUGGUGACACUGGUGCCCAGUUUAAGUGGAAAACAGAGGAUUUUCCUGCAGAGUUAUGCAUCAUGCCACCUAAUGGAUAUAUCUGUCCAGGAAUGGAGGUUCCUUUCCAAGCGACUUUUGCCUCUGUGGAGCUGAGUAAUGGCACAAAAUAUGAGAAUUUUAGUUGCCUUGUGGAGGGUUCUUCUUCGCCUGUCACCCUCACUGUCACUGGCUCCUGCAUCGCGGCCUCCACUAGCAAAGAGGUGGUGAGCUCUGUGUGUCCAGUUUGUGGCUCCCACACACAGACCCUGUCUGUCCUCAACCCCACAAUCCAGUGUUGCACCAUCAAACCUGUCAUUGAGGGCAAGCAUUGGAGUUCUACCGAUCUAUGACUCCAUCAUCUAAACACAAUCUAUCAUUUUUUUUUAAAAAACUGGGUAUAUUUAAUACUUUUAAAUAUUGAAAAGGUUACAGAUAAUAACACUAUCUAUGGAUCUGCCUUUUUUGCCUUUCCCGAUGGGACAGGUGUGCUGUACACCUUGCAGGGAGCUGCCGAUCCUCCUGUGGCAGAGAACACUAUUGUGCAUGACCUACCUGCUAAAACUCACCACACACUGUUGCUCCCUGUGCACAACUGGCUCUCUAGGCAACAGGGGUUCCUUGUGCGUCUAGAGACAGUGAAGCCUGACAAGCCAGAUGCUACAGUGUCCCUCAAGGAAAUCAAGUUUAUUGAUGUCCCUGCCCAUGCUAAGAGGGACUACGAGAUGCUUUUUUUGGUUUUUUGGUUUUUUUUAACAUACACACAGGGACAGUAUAAUACCAAGGUGACAUUCAUUAAUGAUGAGACAGGUGAGUAUUUGUUCUACCUCGUUAUCUUCAAGGCAACAUCUCCAGGAGUCCUGUCCACCAUCAAGCUGGGGACACCUGUUUGUCAGGUGGCCUUGGCCACUAUUCAAGUAAAGAACCCUCUGACCCAGACAGCCUGCCUUACUACUGAGUGUAAAUGUCAUGGCAUCAUCGUCCAACCUCAGCACAGUGUGCCAGGACCGUCCAAGGUUUUUUUUUUGACUGUUCAUUACAUGCCUCUGCAUCCAGGUGAGUCUACUGCCCGUCUAACUUUGUUCAGCAAUGAGCUGGGCCACUAACUCAGAGCUCUGCCCCCACCACCAAAGCAAUCUGUGGACUUCAAUAAUUUGCUGGGCAGCAGCCACUCUGUCACUGUAAUGUUUAACAACUACUCACGCUUCAAAACCGAGUACUACUGCAAGACUGACCGUCCAGCCUUUAUUAUAGACAAGAAUGUCAGCGCAUUACCAGUUUUCCCUUCAGGCUCAAAGGCCAGCAUGGAGGUCUGUUUCAAGCCUUAUCAGCUGGGGUAAAUAAGAGGCCAGCUACGGCUGUCUUCAGUAAUUGGUGGUGAAUACAUCUUUCCCCUACGAGAGUUCUGUCUCCCACCCAAACCUCAAGGCCUGUUCAGCAUCAAAGCCGCUGGGAACGUCAUUAUCCCCUUCAAGAAUGUGUUCCUGCAGACCACCACGUUCUCUCUUUUGGUAAAGAGCAAGUAG